AUGUCCCGAAUGUCAGCCGCUCCCUCCCCCAACGACGCCCGCGCGACAGAUAUCGCGGCUGAAGCGCCUGCAGCCACUGACGAAGAACCGAAAUCCGGGUCACCACCGGACAUCGACAUCGACAUUAAACAUACACCUCACAACAGGCGCAUUGCGAACUACCAUAUCCACUCCAUGGGCCCUGUCGAUAUCGACAAAUUGCGCAGCGCACUGGUCCAGGAGACCCGAGGACAAUACAUCGGCGGCGUAGACCCCGACGUCUUCGUCAAAGAAUUCAUGGGAUGGAAUAAGGGUACGGGCAGGUCAUUUAGGCUCGAACAACCUUCCGACGCGAGGGUGUCGUGCUUGGUCGGUAUGGCCAGCAAGCCUGAGACAGGGAUGAACGCAGACUGGCAAACUACUCUAGCUGGCUGGCCACUCGUAGGCGAGCGAAAGGGAAUCCAGCCUCUGGACUUUAAGGACACACAUAACAGCCGCGACGCAGAGAGCCACCUUGGGCCGGACAACUGCAUCUAUUUCCUGAAUAAGCCACUCGUCCCACGAGCGAAAGAACGAAAAGUGGACUUUGCCAACGUCCAAAGCUUCACUGAGCACAAAGCGGACGACAAAAUGGACGCGUUCGUCGACGCUGGCGACGAAGACUACGAUGGCGAGGCAUAUUAUGUGAUGGCGGGCUAUUCGAAGCGUGAAGGAGAUGCAGGAGAGGACGAGAAGGAGGAAGAGGACGAGGAGGAAGAGGAUGAGACAGUCGGGAGCGCAGAACCGUAUAUCGCUGCAUCUCCCACUGGCCUUGUCGAUGCGGAUGAAGGAGAGGCGCACCCCGAGGUGAUGGAUGACACGAAGCCAACGGCUGCUGAAAAAUAUCCUUUCGAAAACGACACGAAGCAAGGUCGAAGCACCCGAGGACAAAUUGCAAGCUACGCCGGGGUGACGAUGGCGAUGCAGUUUAGGUCCCAUUUAUUCAGUGUUCUCGUCUGCGGGAGAUACGCGCGGUUCAUUCGCUGGGAUCGUUCCUGCGCCAUUGUCACUCGCCGCUUCGACUAUACGACGCACCCGCUCAUCAUAUUCGACUUCUACAAACGCUUCGCUCAGCUCGACGACGUCCAACGUGGGCUCUACCCAAACCUUCGCGCACUCAGCAGGCCAGCCGGAAUGAAAGCUGUAGAAAUGAUGCGAAAAUACGCAACAUCGUACUUCACUGGCGAGCACGCUGACUUUUACAAGAAAGAACCGGAUCCCAAGCAGCUCCCGCUGCUAUCCUUGGUCUUCGGCGACGAUACCUAUGUCGUUCCGGCGCCCUGUUUCGAUGGCGCGAUGUACUCUCCGUUCGGUCGAUGCACGCGGAAUCGGGCGGUCGUUCUUCUGAAGGAAAGAAAAAUUGCAAAGGAGGCGGAGGACGGAAGAUGCGGAGAGGAUGGAGAAAUACUGUAUCUCAAAGAGUACUGGCGCGAGGAAUCCACGUUCACGAAGAAAGAGUCAGAGGUCUACAGGAUCCUAGAGGGGGCGAAGGUCACCUUCGUUGCGAAAAUGCAUGCUGGUGGAGAUCUCAUGGGGGGCGACGAGGCGAUCGCCACCAUUGGCCACGAGUGGAAGUUGAAACCGUGGGUGCAGAAACCUAGCAAGCUCAGAAUCAGACAUUUGGUGGCUCAUUUCAUCGUGCUCUCGACCCUCGGCCGCGACCUCGCAACGUUCAAGACGGCUCGGCAGUUGGUGACCUGCAUCGCCGAUGCCAUGGAUGCCCAUCAGCAAGCUUAUGAACUAGGCAUCCUUCAUCGCGAUAUUAGUGCGGGAAACAUCCUCAUGACGCUCCAACCCGAGAAUCGCCGCGGUUUUCUUAUCGACUGGGAUCACUGUAUCUUCCUGAACGAUGCCCUUAAAGAACGCACGACUACCAGGGUCCACCGCACGGGUACAUGGCAGUUUAUGUCUGCAUAUUUGACGCAGAACCCUGGCAACGCCUCGCAUACGGUCGUCGACGAUCGCGAAUCGGCGCUGCAUGUGCUGACAUACAUGGCCUUGAAGCAUCUCAGGCACAAUACCACGGAUGAGCAAGAGCUUGAAGGCAUAUUGCUCAUGUUCGAUGACUACGUGGCUCGAGAGGGCAAGCCAGACAAAGCAUCCAAAUACAAAUCGUGGUUCGUCACCAAUGGAGGGCCUGGGGUGAAGUUCGACAUUCCUGCGAUUACGUUCCUCAUACGAACUCUUGCCAAAUUCUUUUCCCCGCGCUAUAUCGAAGAGUACACCCAACCAGAUGAGGCACUCCAGGUUAUGUCACCUGAGGACUUGGCUGAGUACGAGAAAGAGAAGGAAGAACAUCGCCUGAAGCUGGUGAAAUUACUCGAUCCCGCUUCGGACUUUGUGUACAAGACGAUGCGCAGCUGGGCAGCGAAAAUGCCCGAACCACCCGACAACAUCACUCAGUGGGUCGACAAUCUGAAAGGAGACGGGAAAUCGUUGAAACGCACUGGUGAUUAUUUAGUAAAUCCGAGGGGGGACAAGUCCCUCAGAUGGGAUGGACUACUAUCUUAUAGAACGGGCAAUACGCGCCCUUCCACCUCAUCCGACUAG